AUGCCAUCUUUCCUCUCUCGAUUGUUGGGGACCUGGGAACUCCUGUCGUUCACCGCAGCCGACAUCGACGAUGCCGACGAUAUAGUCUACCCCAUGGGCCAGGCGUGCAAAGGGCAGAUCAUGUACAGCCAUGACGGCUACAUGGCAGCUGUGCUGCAAUGGAACUACGUCCAGCCUUACCAAACAGACUGGCUACGAGCCACAGCACAGGAGUUUGCCAACGCAGGAAAGAAAACAAUGGCGUAUAGCGGGCCAUUCUAUCUUGAUGAGCAGCCGGGAAACCGGCAGACACUCCUCCAUCAUGCAAAGAUCAGUAUUCCACCUAACUGGGUCGACACCUUUCAACUUCGUGUGGCCAAGAUGACGGAGGAAAAUGGACAACUCAUCCUGACGUUGGGUCCAGAGUCACCAAUAGAGGUCAACGGUAUCGAGCGAAUUUUUCGUCUCCGAUGGCGCAAGUGCCCCCGAAACGAUACAAGAAGACAGUAG